ACUUCAUGCACAAGAUGAAAAUGAAUAACAUCGUCACAGCUCUAUGUUUGUACUGAAAUUAGUCCUUUUGAAUGUCCAACUUUAGAUGUGCUUGUUUAUAACCAGACACAUUCUUAACAUUGAUGCAACAGAGGUCCCACACGCUUUCAUUAUCGCGGGAAGAAAUGGCAAGGAUGCACUUCGAUCAUCUUCAGAAAUGUGUUUCAUCUGCUAAAUGCUUCGUUACAUGAGCGCGUGCGCUCCACUUGACAAUGAGCGGCUCGCGUGAAUCCUCAGCAGACAGCCAUCAGCAAACUCAGCCAAAAAUAACAAGCGAACACAGACACACACGUGAGACUUAUGGAAAGGUGUUAGAGAACAAAAACAAGGAACAUUAAUAAAAAAAAAAAAAAGAGCAAACACCAUAAAGCGCUCGAUAUAAACUGGGCUAAAACCUCUCAUCCGUAGUUUUCCAUUUAUGAACUCAGCACCUGCCCGAAGUGUGAUUACCAAACACAAGUGCGACCUGGCGUGUGUGCGCGCGUGCGUGUGUGUGUGUGUGUGUUACAUUAAGCCUGCUGAAGUCAUGAGAUAUGAAUUAGUUCUCAAAACACCGGGGGCUUGGUUUAACCAACCUGUGACGUAGAGCCAGUGACUGUGGACCGAACCACUACAGGGGGUGUGAGACUUCGGCAAGAAGCGUUUUUUUGAGCUGUUUAUGACAAAUGAGCCCAUUCUUACCUAUUAUUGAGCGUGGUUGUAUUCCAUUCUACCUUUGUGGUUACUGGCACACGGAAAUGUAUGCUUUCAUAGCUUGAGCAUUAAGUGGUUUUGUCGGCUGGUGAGAAUAAUCCCUCUCCCUUGAAGAGUAAAGAUGGUACGGUCUCAGGCUCAAAUUCCGAGAAUUGAGCUGGUCUGAUUCUUAGAACUGGGGUUCUUAGAAGUGGUGAUGCAAGAAGUUUCUAGGAAAGCGCUACCAGAACUUGACAAGAUGGCUUGCGCAGCAGACAGCUGCAUACAGUUCACACGGCACGCCAGUGAUGUCCUCCUCAACCUGAACCGGCUGCGCAGCAGGGACAUCCUCACCGAUGUCACCAUCCUGGUGAACAGGCAGCAGUUCCGCGCGCACAAGACUGUGCUAAUGGCUUGCAGUGGGCUGUUCUACACCAUCUUCACAGACUCCCACAAGUGCAACCUAAAUGCCAUCAGUCUGGAUCCGAAGGUGGACCCAGAGGGUUUUGCCAUCGUGCUGGAGUUUAUGUACACCUCCCGCUUGGCUCUGAAGGAGAGUCUGAUCAUGUCCAUCAUGAACACUGCCAUCUAUCUGCAGAUGGACCACGUUGUGGACACCUGUCACAGAUUCAUCAAAUCUAGUGAUCCUACUGCCAAACUGUCCAGAGAUGAGUUUUUGGUCAGUCCCUUGGUUUUAUCUCAGGAUGUCCACGCUUACAGACCCCACGAAGUUGUGGAAAGUUUGCACAGCCGAAUGGCCCCAUUCAGGGAUGGCAGAUCUUAUGCCUCUAAUAUGUUUAACGGAGUCGGCACCCCAAGCAACUACCACCUCUAUGGGCAGUUCCCCAUGCCUGGAUUCCCAUUUCCCCUGUGCAAGCUGACUGAUGCCAAAAAUGCUUUCGCUGACCUCUCCAAGAGCAGCGUCCACCAUAAGCAUUGUUCUCCUCACGACAGCGGCAAUGUGAGCCGGCCAGACUUCUCCCGAGCAGUUGGCGCGUCGUCCUCUAGCAUUAUUCCCUCUAACGCCUACGCUUCAAAGGAGACGGGGAGAGAUGAUGAGAUGAGGAAGGAAAGCCACGAGGUGGUCAGCCAGUCUAUUGGACUCGGGAUGAGAAAGCGUGCGUUCCCUACGUUGACCCUGGAGCACCAGAAAGAUUUGAGCAAAGAGCACGCUCCGGCCGAGGAGGAUUUGAUCCAUCACCACUACCCGCUGGGAAUCUCCUCGGCUGGACGCAAGAGCCUCAUGAGCAGCCCGCAGAGCCCCCUGAAAUCUGACUGCCAGCCCAACUCGCCCACAGAAUCCAGCAGCAGCAAGAACGCCGGCCUCUCUCAAUCCAGCGGGGCACAAGCCCAGACGGGCACGCCGGACCCCAAAGCUCGGAACUGGAAGAAAUACAAGUUCAUUGUUAUGAAUCAGAGCGCAAAGGAAGAGGAGGUGGCGCUGAGGGAUUCUGGUCUGUGCUCACCCCAGAGACUAGCUCUGCAAUCGUACCUCCAACCCUGUGAGUCAGAGAACCUCGACCUGCAGAACACGAGCAAGAGCACGGAUCACAGCGAAGAUCUACCCGCACCCCAGGCCAGUCGGCUCAACAACAUCAUCAGCAGUGCGCUGGAGGGCUCUCUGAGGAACGCUGACAAUCAUGCCUCGCACUAUCUGAGCCGUCUCAAUUGCUCCUCCUGUGGCUCCCAAUCGCCACAGCACUCGGACAUUUGCCCCAACUCGUCCAGGUCCCGCCUGGCAGAGGAGAUGGCCGAACUGAAUUCCGAGUAUUCCGACUCCAGCUGUGAAAAUGGUUCAUUCUUCUGUAAUGAAUGUGACUCUAAGUUUGCUGAGGAUGAGGCGUUGAAACAACAUAUGCUCCAAGUUCACAGCGACAAGCCAUACAAGUGCGACCGCUGCCAGGCUGCGUUCCGCUAUAAGGGCAACCUUGCCAGUCACAAGACUGUCCACACAGGAGAGAAGCCGUAUCGCUGUAACAUCUGUGGUGCUCAGUUCAACAGACCAGCUAACCUCAAGACUCACACUCGCAUCCACUCAGGAGAGAAGCCAUACAAAUGUGAGACGUGUGGAGCUCGAUUUGUUCAGGUGGCUCAUCUGCGCGCCCACGUCCUGAUCCACACGGGUGAGAAGCCGUACCCAUGUGAGAUCUGCGGUACGCGCUUCCGUCACCUGCAGACACUCAAGAGCCACCUGCGGAUCCACACUGGAGAGAAGCCCUAUCAUUGCGAGAAAUGCAACCUGCACUUCCGCCAUAAAAGUCAGCUGCGACUGCACUUGCGGCAGAAACAUGGCGCCAUAACCAACACCAAGAUCCAGUACCGCAUGUCCACCGCUGACAUGCCGACAGACUUGACCAAGACAUGUUGAUCGGUGGGAAGGCAAUCUUGACCUUGGCAUUUAAAGACCCUUGAACUUGUACAAUCAUCUAAAAUUCUAGUGCCACACUGUGUUUAUGGAUAAACAGGCUGUGUACGCCAUUCUAAACGGGUUUCCACUACAUGUGAACGUAGAGCCACAAACGGCGUUCUAGUCACUUUAUUGUUUCUAUAUAGAUAUCUAUAUAUACAUAUAAAUAUGUGUGUGUGUGUGUAUGAUCGAAGUGUUUCUAAGCCCUGAAGGUGAACAUAUAAAGCUUUAUUUUGUCGAAGGAUGGAAUGUAAAAAAGAAAAAAUAACAACAACUUGGUUUUUGAAACAACAAAAAAAACAGUAUUUUAUAUCAGAGAACUUAACUUUUUCUGAAAGUGUUAAAAAAUAAAAGGAAAAAGGCGGUCCAUAUAUUUUAAGAUAACAGAAAUUGCAGCUGUACAGAUUUGUCUACACAUUUUUACGUGUGUACAAGUUGCACCCUGUGCGGUCGCCACAUUCAUGUAAGGGGUCAAAAGUCGACUAUUCUGGGAUUUGUUCUAAAACAUAUCAGAUGACUGCUGCUGUCAGACAAAGAUGUGCAUGGAGUUCUGUUACGGUUGUCAGUUGUCGAGUACGUGACGAGGCGCUGCAUAGAUAUUGUGACAUGUUGUGUAAUUUAAUCUGGUUGUUCUCUGCUGGCAGAGCCAAUCCUCUUCUUCUGUGACGAAAUGCAUUUCAAGGUAUCUGCUUUGUUAUUAUGACCAAGAUUUUUUUUUUGCUUCAACUGUAUUUGUAUCGAUGUGACUUUCUUUCGUUUAGUUGGUUUUUCACAAGUGAAGGUUUACAGUUGUACGUCAGUGUUCUCGACCCUACAGUAAAGUUGUGUGUGAUUUCGUUUGUACAUACACUGUGUAUUCAAUGUGCCUUUUGCUGACUGGACUCAUCUCUGUCCAGCUUUAUUAAGGUACAACUCAAGACACUCGUCCUGAGCCCUCGUAUGUGUAAAUGGACUCUGAAACGCUUGUCACCCUGAAACAUGCAAAUUCAUCAUUGUCAUUCUUCAGGACUUGUUUUUGAAUUGGAUUUUUUUUUAUCUGCACUAAAAUAAUUGUACAGUAUCAUGGAUGUAUGAAUGUAAAAUAAAUGAU